AUGCAGUAUUCUCUCGAGGACGACUUUUACAACUUCUUGAAUGAGUCCAGAGGCCUUCCAGAAAGACUCCAGGAAGUGGCCGAUGCAAACAAGGAGACGUUCUUUAUUGAUCUGGAUGAUGUGAGGGAUGCCAGCAGCCAGCUGUUCACUGAAAUUCACAAGGAUUUUAUCCACAAGCACGAGCUUCUGAAUGGGAUUUUCAAGAGCUACUGUCUGAAAAACAUCGAGAGGCCGCUUGAGGUUGGCUUCAAAAAUAGCGGGAACCGUCUAAAAAUACGGGAGCUGAGGAGCGAUGUGCUGGGAGACCUUGUUUCGUUUUCAGGAACUGUGACUAGGACCACGCAGGUUAGGCCGGAGCUUCAUGCAGGAGUUUUCAUUUGCAGAGACUGCAAGUCGGUAAUAAGAGACGUGAGGCAGGAGUACAAGUACACCGAGCCGCUCUUCUGUCCCAACCACCUGUGCACGAACAGAAGGAGGUUUGAGGUUGAUCUUUCUGAGUCUCAGUUUUCCAACUGGCAGAGGAUCCAUGUCCAGGAGAACACCGAGGAGGUGCCCAAUGGAUGUCUGCCCAGGUCUAUUGAUGUUGUUGUGCGUAACGAGCUUUGCGAGCAAAUAAAGCCGGGAGCCUCGCACAUCUUCACUGGAUAUCUUGUUGUUGUGCCUGAUGCUGUUCAGGUUAAGCUGCCAAGCCAAAAGAGCGUUGUGGCGGCAGACGGAGUGGCCGACGAGAAGCAGAAGAGAAGCACAGGCUCGAAGGAAAUGAGCUACAAGCUCUGUUUUUUCUGCAUCUACGCUGACAUCUACAUAGAAAACGAUGGGUUUACAAACGACGAGCUUGCGGUUGUCAGGAGGAUGCUUUCGACGCCCGAUCUUUACAACAAGCUGUCCGAGAGUCUGUUUCCCACCAUCCACGGGCACAGCAAUAUCAAGUCCGCCAUUCUCCUGAUGCUUGUGGGCGGAGUGUCCAAGACAAAGGACAUAAGACUGAGGGGCGAUAUCAAUAUUUUGCUUGUGGGGGAUCCUGGCACUGCUAAGUCACAGUUUCUAAAGCAGACCAGUGCGCUGAACCCGAGGUCGAUCUAUACGUCGGGAAAGAGCUCCAGCGCGGCCGGCUUGACGGCAGCCGUGGUGAAGGAUGGAGAGACUGGCGAGUUUACGAUCGAGGCUGGUGCAUUGAUGCUCAGCGAUCUGGGCGUGUGCUGCAUUGAUGAGUUUGACAAGAUGACAUAUAAGGACCAGGUGAGCAUCCACGAGGCGAUGGAGCAGCAGACAAUUACCAUUUCGAAGGCAGGGAUUAAUGCAACGCUCAACAGCAGAACAUCGAUUCUUGCAGCAGCCAACCCGAUCAGGGGCAGAUACGACAAACGAAAGACCCUGCGCCAGAAUGUAAACCUGUCGGCACCAAUAAUGUCGCGUUUCGAUCUCUACUUUGUGCUGAUUGACGACCCCGAGCCGGAGAAUGACCGGAACAUUUCUCGGCACAUCCUGCAGAACCACCUUGUCUACAAUGGCAGCGAUCGAUUCGGGUCUGGCCAUUCGCCGGACACUAGCUUAAGCAGCUCUGUUUUGCGGCCGUUCUCGGUUGAAGAGGUGAAGCUGUUUAUCAGAUACGUGAAGGACAAGAUGCCGGUGCUGACAGCGGAGUCCAAGAAGGAGCUUAUCGACAAGUACGUGCUUCUCCGACAGGACUCCCUGGUCAACACCAACAACUACAGAAUGACGGUCAGGCACCUUGAGUCUCUGAUUCGUCUGAGCGAGGCGCUUGCCAAGAUCCACAACGAAAGCGAGGUCUCUCCACAGUACAUUCUGGAGGCAUUCAGGCUCCUGAAGUCGUCCCUGGUCGAGAUCAAGAGCGAGGACGUUGUUCUCACUGCGGUUGACUCGCUUGAAUCCUACAGCCUGCCCGGCAAGGACCUGGCCAAGAUCACCAACACCCUCAUCUACCUUUUAAAGUCCGGCACGAACAUAGGCAAGGACGAGCUUGUCUCCAGGUACCUACUGCUGGUCGAGGAGAGCCUUGGAACAAUUGCGGUGUACGAGAACGAAAAGCUGAAGUGUGAAAAGGUCAUUGAUUUUUUGAUUGGGCACGAGGGGGUGCUGUUUGAAAUGGAUGGGGUGGUGCACAUUCAUCCAAACUAUGAUUAUUGA